CAGGCGCGCCUUCGAUGACCUCCACAUGGACCUUGGGUCUGUGCCAGCCCGGUGUCGGUCGGGCCGAACGAAUUCUGCUUAAAGUCGUACUUGGUCGUUGUUGUUGCUGGAAUUCCCAUUCUCGUACCGUACGCUGGUUUUUCUUACCCCGGAGCAGACAGGAUGGGUUUCUUCAACGAAAAGACGGGCCAGGAUGUCGAGGACGGCAGCCAGCUCAAGGCCGAGGAGACCAACGCGCAGGGCCAGACGGAUGCUGUCUUUGGUGAGGUCGUCGAGGGCGGGCCCAACUACCGCAACGUCAGCUGGCUCGGGUCUUCGAUCCUGAUGAUGAAGACGCAGAUCGGUCUCGGUGUGCUGUCUAUUCCCGCUGCGUUCGACACCCUGGGCCUCAUCCCGGGUGUCAUCUCGCUGCUGGCUAUCGGCCUCAUCACGCUGUGGUCGGGCUACAUGGUCGGCGUGUUCAAGGUCCGCCAUCCUGAGACGUACGGCAUCGAGGAUGUGGGGCAGAAGAUCUUUGGCCGCGCUGGUCGCGAGGUCCUCGGUCUGGGGUUCGCGUUAUUUUGGACGUGUGUUGCCGGCUCUGGCAUGCUGGGGAUUUCCAUUGGCUUGAACUCGCUGUCGGAGCACGGCGCGUGCACCGCCAUCUUCGUGGCUGUGGCCUGCGUCGUGGGCUUCUCGCUGGCGUCAAUUCAGACUCUGGGCAAGAUCUCCUGGAUUGCCUGGGUCGGUCUUGCUGGUAUCCUGUCAGCUAUCAUCACCCUCACCGUGUCGGUCAGUCUGCAGGACCGCCCCUCGGCGGCGCCGCAGUUCGGCCCCUGGGAGUCCAACUUCGAGCUCUUCAAGUCGCCUACCUUUGCUGAGGCGGCGGCGGCGCUGUCCAGUCUGGUCUUCGCGUAUGCCGGCACGCCCGCCUACUUCAACAUCGUCUCCGAGAUGCGCGACCACAGGGAGUACUUCAAGGCGCUGUCGCUGUGCCAGUUCGUCAUGACCGCGCUGUACGUCGCCAUCGGCGUCGUCGUGUACUUCUACUGCGGAUCCUACGUGGCGUCGCCCGCGCUGGGUUCUGCGGGUACUCUGAUGAAGAAGAUCUGCUACGGCCUCGCGCUGCCUGGUCUCCUCGCCUCCGUCAUCCUAGUCACUCACAUCACGGCAAAGUACUUCUUCAUCCGCUUCCUGCGCGGCACAAAACACCUCAAUCACAACACGCCUAAGCACUGGAUCGUCUGGUUCAGCCUAACCGCCGCCGUCUCACUAACAGCGUACAUCAUCGCCUCGGCCAUCCCGGUGUUCGGCGGCCUCGUCUCGCUCAUCGGCGCCCUGCUGGGGACUCUCAUGUGCUUCCAGCCCAUGGGCUGCAUGUGGCUGUACGACAACUGGAACCGGUCGAACCGCGACUGGCGCUGGAAGGCCAUGGUUGCGUGGAGCGUGUUUGUCAUCGUGUCCGGUACGUUCCUGCUCAUCGGCGGCACGUACGGGUCGAUUGUUGGAAUUAUCGAUUCGUACAACAAGGACGGCGGGACUAAGGCGUGGACGUGUGCUGAUAACUCGAAUUCCGCCGGGGGUCACUAGCUGGUGGACGGCGAAGUCGCGGCGGCUUGGUGUCUAUUCGGUCCUGGUUUUUUAGCGUGGCGUGUGCGUGGCUCGAAUCCGAAAUGAAUAUAAAUAAAUCCUUUCCCACAAGUCCACUGGGCAACCCCCGAAUCCCGUGAUUCUAGAUGUGAAGCAGAGAUGCCGUAGUUCAGGAGCUCAUACGCCACGUACAGACUGCGUCCCCGGCCCGCAGAGCCGAGGGAAAUCUAGUCGUGCUUCUCAGUCUCGUGUCC